CUCUCUUCUUGUGAAAACUCUUCUCAUGAUCUUGAACACUCUUCUGACCUUCCUCUCCGCACUCCUCUUUCGACUCUUCAUCCAUCACUUCACUUUCAUCAAUCCCGCAGCACGCAAUCCUUGACAGUCUUUGCCAAUCAUUGAUCAACUACCUCAUCCACAACGCAUUCAACUUGCCGACGAAGACUUUGAGCAUCACUGCUUCUCACCGCGCUCUAUCUGAACAGCUCCAACAUCACCCAAACACCACCUUCAACCAGUCCCCCCAAACAUCAAAUCACCAUGCCUUGCACCAACGAGAACCACUCUCACGCCUGGGUCACCGAAGGCUCUCUCACCAUUGAGCGCUGCGAGAAAAUCUGCGGCUUCUGCAAGGCGCCCUUCAAGCACGCGUGGUUUUUGAGGAGACACGUCAACAAUGUCCACGUCAAGCAGUACCCCAAUCUCAAAGUCGACGAGGGAUGGUGAGCUACACCCCUUUCUCAACUCACUCUGCACGUUCACUGACAGCCCACAGGUCCGGCUCUCCGAACGGCAAUCGUCGUCCAGGCGAGCCGCAGAAGCGUCGCAAGGGACAUGUCCGCAAGAACUCUGAUUCCAGCACCGCCAGCUUCACAAGCUCGUCGCUGAAGAACGAGGUCACCUUUGAUGAAGCCGGCGAGCACGAGGUCAGAAAGCACGAGACAGGCCCUGACAAUGUCGGCAAGCACGAAGACGCUUGUGAUGCCG